AUGAAGCUCUCGCCCAUGUGUGAGAGCCGUGUGCCGGAAGAGAAAGAUACGAGUAAUGAAGAUAACCUCCCCUUCUCCCCUGGGUUCCAAGUCCCACUGACCACCAGGCUCAAGUGCGAUCUCCAACUGCCUUCGUGUAAAAAUUGCCAGCUCGCAGACGUAGAAUGUCUCUUUUGGGACGACUCUGUCGGUCGCGAGAUAUCGUGCAGUUAUCUUCAUUCUCUCAAUCAGAAGGUGGCAAGCCUGCAACUGGAAAUCAGCAACGCCACGGCCACGGCCACACCUACGACACACACAUCAAUUCCGUCUUCCGAUAACAGCGCCGAAGCUGCCCCUUUUUCGUGGUAUCAAAGCUAUCAUUUGGCAAUCUUCGAUCAUGGGAAUGUUUAUCCGGAUUCGUCACGAACGGCUUACCUUGGUCCGGGCAGUGCAGCGGGACUGCUGGAAGACCUUCUAAAAAUUAUGAUCCAGUGGCAUGUGUCGAACGGCGCAGAACUUCCCAAGCGUCUUCUCUCAAGAGGCGAUCUCGUUCAAUCAAUUGGAGGCAUGGAUCCACAAUCCACGCAACCACCGUUUCAACUCAACAUAUCAAAUGAGCAGCGAAGGCUGGAGCUUCAUGCGAUGAUGCCACUGUCUACCCAACGAGCCGUAAUCGAGCAUUACUUGAUGACGGUUUCGCCACAAUACACGCUAUUUACUUCAACACAAGAAUCAAGAUUAUUAUCGUACGAGAACGCUCUCAAAUGGAUCAGUGGAAACAAAGAUGAGCCCAGCGCGCUUGCAUUGAGAAUAGUUUUCGCUAUAUCGACUUCAUUGAUUGCCCGUGAUCUUGACCCUAACAUGACUAGCACAUCAAUUCGAUGCCGGCAAGAUGCGGAUAAGAUUCCUCAAGAAAUUGCAUCUUCGACAAAGGAUCCAGUAGAAACCGAAAGAUGGACAUGCACGGCUUUAUGCGCUUCGGCCCUCUGCGAGUUGAUCAAUCCAUUUUCUAGUCAAGUCUGGGAUCUGCUAGGCAGAGCAACGUCCGCAUUGAACCGUCUUCGUGAAUUUUACACGAUUGGGAACAAGGAUUUAGACGAAGACUUUCGAUGCUUGGAACAAGCUGUCCUCAAAUUAGAAAUCUCUACGGCGUUGCAUCUCUGCCGUGCAUCCUAUUAUAAUGAAUUGCAGGUCCAGGCAAUAUAUGAUAAUGUUUCCAUACCUGACGAAUCAUUCGAUGAGCUACGGACAUUGCAGAAGAUGCAAAGGAUAUCACAUCAUUUCCAGCUCUCACCUCGUCCAUCUGAAGAAUUAUUUAAAACACUCAUUCCUUUGCAUAUGCAGACCGACUCUGUGGAAACCGGCAUCUCCAUCCAUUCAGCAAUGCUUUACCUUAGCCUACACCCACUGUUCACUUCUUUCGAGGAUCUGUCCCGCAAUGUACUCGUCGGAUCUUCUCUUCUUCCUCCUCCUCCCUCGCCGCUAUUCCACAUUAUCGCCCAUUCUGCAUAUACAGUUCUCGACCAUUUCAGUCUGCUCAACCAACAAAACAGGAUAAUAAGUAUUACGAUGGCAGCCGAGCGCAUUCUUGAAAGCGGCAUGGUUUGGUCAAUCUACCUCAUAGUACAACGUAUGUCAACAGCAAGAACACGAGGGAUGACCGUGGAGAACAUGGAAACUCGCACUGCAAUGGAACCGAUUUUGAAAGUCUCUAGCUUACUGGCCUCGUUUACUGGACGAUGGAAAGCAGCCUCGAUCUAUGUGGAGGCGUGGGAAAUUCUAGUAGACCUGCUCUGGAAAAUGUGUGACUUGCAAUACCCAACAUGUGGUGCGUGCUCGAUAGCCGGAGCAACCUGUCUGGGCUAUGACGCCAUCCAUGGAGUUGAUAAACCUCGAAGCACUAUCGUACAUCUCGAAAACGAAGUCGCUCGCUUGGAAGCAGAAUUGUUCCGUGUCAAGACGCAGACAAAGACUGCAUCAGACAUUGCCAAUGUAGCCGUGGAAAGCCUAGCCACACGCCUGGCGGUAACCAUUGUCGACCCCAAGGGCUUGUCUCGGAAGCAGGACAAGAACAUGCUCCCUCUUACAUCCCCUUUCUUUCUAUCUUGUUCACCUUCACCCUAUCUUCUAAGUGAUGCUGAGGGCGAUAUGGCGGAGCAUCAGUCCCAAGAAGACUCGUCGCGACCUAUUAAUGUUGCCUCGGUUCCCAAACACGUAGUGGACGCCAUGUUGAAGCAUUAUUGCGAGAUAUAUCGCCCUCAAUAUCCAGGAAUCGAAGAAACGGACUUGUUGGAAGCGUGUGAUAGGGUUUAUAAUAACAUCCAACCAUCGGAUGCGGACGUAUUUUACGUUCAUAUCACCUUAGCUAUUAGUACAAAUACUCUAAUGCACCAGAACGAGGCACGAGCCAUGACCACCACUCGCGGAUUUUGGAAGACGGCCGUUGCUCAUCUUCCUCAAGUCGGUCUGUCAGACCCAUGGGAGCGCCUCCAAGCACUCCAGCUUCUUACGCAUUAUGGAUUCCUCAAUCCCAUGGAUGUCGAUUGCUGUAGAUGUGCCGAGGCGGCCACUCGGCUCUGCCUAUCCCUCGGGCUCCAUCAUGAGCUCCCUGCAUCUAUCCAAACAAAACUAAACAGCAGGACACUAAAUAUAAGACGGAGAUUGUUUUGGAAUUCAUAUAGCAUUGACUCUGCGAGCCAUGCAGCUCGCUGUCGACCUUUCGUAUUACCAUUGUCGGCCAUCACCGCCAAAUUUCCAGAGUUUCAUUCAGAAUCUUCUCCGACUCACUAUAUGUGGCUCAUGCGUCAGAUUGAGUCCGAGAUCACGGUGACUCUAUAUUGGCCUUCAUUCAGGUUCGAAGAACCUAUAUCGGAUGCUUCAUUUGACCAGUGGUCUGCAAACAUGCACAAACGCCUAGAUGAAUGGCGUCAUGAUAUUCUCCAAAGCCUCAAACUUACAGAAACAAUUGAAUUUUAUGAGUUACAUUAUCACAUUGGGAUUCUACGGCUCAAUCGACCUUCUCCGUGCUGCUCCAACCCCACCAAUGAGAUGUACAAGAAGGCUCUUACAUCUUCAGUUGCCUUGAUAAGGCAAUUCAGCAUGAUUGACCGAAUGGGAAGACUAUUCAAUUUGUGGCACGCAGCUCAUUUUAUUAUCGAAUCGGGUGUUUGUUUAUUGGCUUCCGUCUUGGUCGGAAUUGAACAGACGCAGCGGGACCAAACGCACAUGAUAGGAGAGGAUAUCGCAAUCUUGAGCAGGUAUAUCAAGGCAUUCCCAUCUCUAGUCAGCAGGAUAUCGCGUCGUUGGCCUACAAUAGCGGAACAUAUCCCUACUCUCCAAGAAAUCUGUUUUGCACUUCUGAACAACUUGGAACAAUGGGCUAGAGGUACAACAAUCGAUAUGUCGGCUCUCCUGGUUUUGAAACAAAGAAUAAACAGCCUACCAUUAUUUCCUGCCUUCUCGUCAAACCCACAGCCGAUAAUAGAGAAUCAUCUUGUACCUCAACUAGUUUCUCACGGGGAGGUGGACUCAGCAACAAGAUCCUCCUUGCAUCCCCCUGGCAUAAACCCAAUGGGCAGUGAUUACUCCAGAACGACAACUGGCGAGACCCUUUCGACACAGGCUAACUUCACGAGUGCCUUCCCAUAUGAUCCAUUUUCAUAUAACUCGGACCCUCAAAUUCCAAUGCCGAGUAAUAUUCUCGCACCGCUCAGUUCCGCUUGGACAGAUCCACAACUGGAGUCUACCACAGCGCUAUCCGACAUUCAAGGUAUACAGACCUACGAUGCUCUCACAUGGGACUUUGCUGGAAUGAAUUCCGAACAGAUUAUUGCGCAGUUGUUGGACGUUGAAAAUAACCCACUCUUGUCGAAUUAUAUUGGUAGUGUUGAUGAUGCAUAA